UGUUUUAAACAAAAAAUAUUCGACAAAUAAUUGCCUUGUGUUUUACUCAAAAGUCGUCUAGGCCGUCUCAUUGACAAAUUGAAUAUAUUGCUUCCUGUUAGUCGUUGUCUUCGGCAUAUGGAAACAGUGGAGAAGGGACAACCUUUUCCUUGUAUAGAGGCUUCAUCUGCCUCUUUAAGAACGAGUAACCCAAUUAGAGAAGUUGUUGACCGUAUUGAUACUUCACAGAUGAAUAAGAGCAAGCCGAUGAUUCCACUUUCCAUCGGUGAUCCUACUGUCUUUGGAAACCUCAAUGCUUGCGAAGAAACCAUCCAGGCGGUUGUAGAAGUGACCAAAUCCUGUCAGGCAAAUGGCUAUCCAAAGGCGGUUGGUAUGAUAGAAGCACGAACAGCCAUUGCGAAAGAAUUUACAGUUCCCAAUUGUUCUUUAACUCCAGCUGAUGUUAUUUUAACAAGUGGUUGUUCGCAUGCACUGCAAUUAUGUCUGGAAGUUUUGUUAGAACCUGGAAAAAACAUCCUCAUUCCCAAUCCAGGUUUUCCUCUUUACAAAACGAUAUGUGAUUAUAUAGGAGCUGAAACGAGGGGUUAUAAACUCUCUCCUGAAAGAGGAUGGCAAAUAGAUUUAAAACACUUACGUGCCUUGAUAGAUUCGAAUACCAGGGCAAUACUGAUCAAUAAUCCAUCAAAUCCUUGCGGUGCAGUUUAUCCAAAGUCUCAUCUCUGUGAGAUACUCAAAGUUGCGGAAGAAGCAAAACUUCCUAUUAUUGCUGACGAGAUUUAUCAUCAAAUUGUUUUUCCAGGAAACGAAAGUAUUCCUAUUGCGUCCCUUACGAACGUUGUUCCUGUGUUAUCUGUUGGCGGACUUGCAAAGCGUUUUCUAGUUCCUGGUUGGCGACUGGGUUGGAUUAUUGUUUAUGAUCAUCACAAUGUCUUCUCUCAAGUAAGAGAAGGAUUAGAACGUUUAUCUACUCUUAUUAUGGGUGCUAAUUCGUUGAUCCAAGCUGCAUUACCAAAGAUUAUCCAAAAUGUUCCCACUUCUUGGCAUUUGUCUGUUUUGAGAAAUUUACAUAUGCAAGCGAACUAUUCUUAUGAACGUUUAUCUCAUAUGAAUGGUUUGGAACCUGUUAUGCCUCAAGGUUCCAUGUAUAUUAUGGUUGGGAUCCAAAUUGAAAAGUCGCGAGAUAUCAAAAAUGAUAUUGAUUUUUGUCAAAAAUUGUUAAAUGAGGAAAGCGUUUUUGUUCUUCCAGGACAAUGUUUUGGUGCAAGCAACUAUUUUCGUAUAGUGUUUUGUGCUCCUAUGGAUAAGUUGGCAGAGGUUGGUGUGCUUCAAGAUGUAAUGAAACUCUAUUUGCUCAUUGGGUACCUCCGUUUGUUUUUUCAGGCUUACAAUAGAAUGAGUGACUUUUGUAGAAGACAUAUGAGAAGUUGAUAUACUCCACUAAAGCUAUGUUAUUAAAUAAAUUUAUAGAUCGAAUU